CGCGGUGCCCCUGAACGCAUCAUCAAGCCGGGCAGCGGUGCUUUCAGGAACUUUGCUGAAGCUCGUGCAAAGUUAACGGCGGUUACCCGGAGGAGGCGACGGAGUACGACGGGAGAGCAAAAAGACUCUGUUGAGGCCGAGCGACGAACAGGACGACACGAGGCGAGGCGGCUUCAGCAAGCAUGGGCUGCGGCCACAGUAAGAAGAAAACUAAGAAAGACGACAAAGGCAACAGGCGACAAUGUGGAGCAAAGCGUGCGCGCUUCGAGCGAUGCUGUGAUAGUGUGGCUAACGCCAAUGCUAAGGUGGCAUUGGAGAAGCAUCUGGAACACUCUGAGUGGCAACUGAGGAUCCUGAAGGAAGUGCUCUCGGCCAAUGGCGCCUCAGAGAGGGCGGAGCUUCUCAAGGAGCACGCCGACGAAGAAGUGUGCACGCUAGUGCUGUCCAUACUCGAAAAGGUCAAGACGGAGACGUGUGCGCAGCUCAACGCCGUUCAUCAACAACAGCGACAACAGAUUGCACAGCAACACCAACAGCACAUACACGAAGUUGAGCGCGCUCACGACGAGUUCAAAGUUCAACUGACGGAGACAUUUCAUGUCAGUGAGAACCUUUUGAAGCUGGAGGUGAGCGAGUUGAAGGAAGAGCUGGAGCGUUACAACGAGCUAAAGAGGCGUGUCCAAGAAUCCACCUUCAAUAAAGAUCUACUCAGGAACAUUCAGGCGCACGGCAGCCCAGGUGCAUUCUGGGAGUCGGAGCAGGAGUCUUUGUUGUUCGUUAUCGAGAUGAAGAGCGAACGCCUCAGGGAACAAAACAGCAAGUUGCAACACAUGGAGCAACUGGCGGAGGAGAAGUCUUGCGCUGAGGAUCACUUGGUGCAAACGUUGCAGCAAAACGAAGACUUGCGAGUUCGUCUGGACAGAAGUCAAAGCAUCCUGCAGCGCACGUGUCUUGAGCGUGAGGAGGCGCGCGCGUCGUUGGAGCGUCAGCGUUUGUUCAACGAGACGUUGACGCAAGAGAAAGAGCAGCUGCUCUUCAAACUCAAUCAUAGAGAUGCCUGCCCCACCCUCAACAUGGCUGCUACUGUUGUCGCACCAUCCUAAUGGGGCCCCAGCCAAUUUUGGCACCACCGUAGGCACCCCCCCCCCCUUAACUCCGUCACAAAGUCUGACUAUGCAAGUGCAACAGAUGCUCUUUCUGCUUUUUUUUUUCUUUCAAACUACAAAGUCACAAACUGUUCAAAACUUCAGGAGUACCUAAUGCUGAGUCAUAGGACUGCAAUCUCCCGCUCAGCUUGCGGGAAUGCUAACAUGUUAGCAUGUAGUUUUGUUUUAAAGUAAUUAAAAGACGUUUGAGUUUACUGACAGAAUUCAGCAUUUCCAUAUGCUCAAAUACAACAUGUUGUGUCAGGUUAGCAUGUAGCUUGUUCUAGUUUAGAACAAGCUUGUGUUUUUAGCGUGUUCUUGUGUGCAAAUGCUACUUGUUGUCAUGUCAUGUUAGCAAAUUGCUUUUUUCUAGUUAAGAACAAGUUUUUAGUUUUUAGCAUGUCCUCAGGUUCAGAUGCUGCAUGUUGACGUGAGUUAAAAUGUCAUGUUGGUAAAUUCACACGUAAAAAUUUGGACCUGUCAAUGUAACAUUUUAGAAAAUUAGCACACAAAAGAGCAAAAUUUUCAGUGUUAUUGUCUGUUAUGCAAGACUUUAGUUGAUGUCAUGUUAGCUUGUAGCAUGUUAGCUACCGCUGAAUGUCAAUGUCACACAUGAGCACGAAGCUUCUUGUAGUUAAGAAUGAGUUUUUGUGUUAGCUUGUCAUGUUCAAAUGUUACAUGCUGGAGUGUCACGUCAUCAUGUAGCUUUUUGUUAAGAAUCGGUUUUAGUGUUAGUGUGUGUUGGUGUUCGAAUGCUACAUGUUAAUAUGUCACGUUAGCAUAUCAGCACUUCAGUGGAAGCUGCUUAUUUUAUUCUACAGUUUUUUUUUUUUUAAAGAAUAUGUUCUUGUACAUUCUUUUCCAAUUUUUUUCAGGUGCUUUGUUUGCCAAAGAUGCGAUUUGUGUUGUGAAAAUAAGAAUCGUCGUCAUGCACUCGCACUUUUAUUUACAUGUGUGUUCACUUUUUUUUUUGUUUUUAACCAUGGACUGAACUGUGGACUGACUUUUACCUUUAGGUACUUUGAGGUUUAACUAAUGUUCAAUAAAACAGGUUAACUCAAGCAUA